UGUUGUGUUUCUACGGUCACACCUAACGUAAAUGACUUAUUUUCGCUUUUAAACUGUUCCAGAACAAAUAGUAAACUAGUUUUUCAAAUGACGACCAUAGCAGGAGGACAUGGAGAUGCGAAUCCAAACAGCUCCUGGCUGAGUGCCCGGGGAUUCUGGCUGGCCUAUCUGCUUGGCCUGCUUUCGGUGCACCUGCUCUUCUUAUCAGUUCCCUUCGUCAGCAUUCCGUGGGCCUGGACGGCUACCAACCUGCUUCAUAAUGCGGCCCACUUGUACUUCUUACACGUCAUUAAGGGCGCUCCGUGGCUAAGUACUGAAAACGAUCCUAGCCGGCGAUGGACGCACUGGGAGCAGAUUGAUGACGGUGUGCAGAUGACCACAACCCGCAAGUUCCUUACCGCAGUUCCCAUCGUGCUAUUUUUACUUACUUGCUUGUACACACGGAACAACACGGAACACUUUAUAGCGAACUUCAUAUCCCUUGUGGUCGUCACGCUUCCCAAGUUGCCCCAAUUUCAUGGCGUGCGAUUGUUUAACAUAAACAAGUACUAAGUUUUAACAGAUUGGAUUUGAUUGGCUUAAAGAAAAUGUAUAUAAUUGUAAAAUUGCUAUGGCUGUUGUACUCAAUUUGUAAAUCAUGUAAAUAUUACCAAAUAAAUAUAACUUAUUUUUAA